AUAUGUCGAUGAAUAUCUGCAAGCGUAUUGGCGGGUGUUUGGCAUUUAUUUCAUUUGCGUUUUCCACUUUAACAUUUGCAACAUGUCUCCUCAAAAAAAAACGAAAAAGACGUCCAAGCCGAAGCCUAAAAGCAAGCAGGAUAAAAUUAGUCAGCCAAUAUCAUAUCAGCAAUUUGAAAAACUAAUAGAGAACCUGCCGGACAUUGCAUUUGAUGUUCAAAGCAACCAACGUGAGAAUGAUGUAGGACCCCAGAAAACUCUGGACGAGUGUGCAUUAUGGUAUUACAAUGCCUUCUACAGGGACGCCACUGUACGCGAGCGAUACCCCUUCAAGCUGCGCGCGUGUCCCCAAAAAAUCAGGGACAAGUUGCUGACUAUGCCGGGAAAAGCAAAAAGCAGUGAGGAUGUAUCGCCCAAAGAGUGUGCGGAUGAAUCGCCCAAAGAGUGUGCGGAUGAAUCGCCCAAAGAGUGUGCGGAUGCAUCGCCCAAAGAGUGUGCGGAUGAAUCGCCCAAAGAGUGUGCGGAUGAAUCGCCCAAAGAGUGUGCGGAUGAAUCGCCCAAAGAGUGUGCGGAUGGUGGUGUAAAGGUCGGGGUGGACAAGCAAACAUUUCCAGAAUUGAUUAUACCAUCGCCGGAUCUGAAGCGACCCCGAAGCCCCAAAGUGGUCACAGAAAGGGCUGUUCCACCUGUACGCUUUGGCUUUUUCAAAAAGUACAUGAAGAAUCUGGAUGCAAUCAGCGAUAAAAUGCGGAGCUGCGACGAGUAUAAGCAUCUAUCCAAAAAAGAGUGUGCCAGGGAGUACUUCUUGCAGUUCUACAGUUCGCGAGAUAUGCGAGAGCGAUUUCCGAUCAUAUUAAAGCCAUGUCCUGGAGUGGUGCGCGAAAAAUUGCUGAGUCCGCCGAACUGCUUAUUGCCCGAUGUCAUUGCCGAGAGUCCUAGCGAACCCAAGGAACUGUAUAGCUCUGGUCAACCAAUUCCAAAGACCAAAGAUCAAAGCCCAUCGUUAGCCAGGUCGUCGAAAAAAGUUAAAAAGGCACCCGAACAGAUUCGAACAGCUCCAAUAGUGGCAGUCCCCGAGCCCAGGAUAUUGAAAGACAGGAAAGUGGCUGAAAGGUGUGUGGAGCCCGCAGUGCAGUCUGAAAACAUCCCGCCUAAGAAUUUGAUUGUCACAUCCAGCCAGCCGACUUCGUUGAGCUCCGCGAACCAGUAUGAUGUGAUUGUCAAUUGGGAAAGCAGUACCUGUAGCUUCCAGUAUCCCGUGUCGUUUGAACUGUUCACGCGUUGUAUAAAUUACGACGAGCUCAUCGUCACCUUGCUGAGACAAUCGAUCACAAACAAGUCGCGGCUGUCGGUCCUGAUUGCAAAACCGAAACACCAUCAGUGCAAACAAGUUUUCAAUCUGUUUUAUCACUCGUUCUACGUUUAUCCCCGUACUCGAAGACAACACAAAUACCGAUUCGAGUGUGGGGGAGACAAAGAACUCCUGAAGAAGCUGUGCGAACAUGCCAAGCCAUUGACUGAGAGUGCUAAGCAGAAAAUGGAAAAGACGUCGAUGCGCCAAGGACUUCAAGCACCCAACAAGGCAGACAGCCAAAAUAAAGAUCUCUGCAUCAUCGUGGAUGAUAUGGAGUACAAAUUUCCUGUUACAUUUUCUACCUUCCUGAUGUGCAUCAAUUACGAUGAGCUGAAGGUGCAUGUGGUCAACGAAUUCACCGAAAACGAGCAGCGAAGGGCUGAGAUCCUGCAGGAACAAGAUACCUGUUCGCGACUGAUCCGUAGCUACUAUCUUUCGUUCUAUACCUCCAAGAAGUUCCGAGAAAAGUUCAAUUAUAAUUUCAAUAGAGCAACGCCAGAGCUUCGUGCCAAGUGUCUGGAGUUUGCACCAAUCGCAACCGAUUUGACAAGAACGAGAGAGUCGGCGGAUUUGGAAAGAUUGUAUGCGGCCAGGGUAGCCGAGGUUGAGAGCAAACAAAGAAUUAAUGUAGUUCACUACGAGUCCCACGAUCUGACCGCCCACUUAGCUCGUAUGAGCAUAAUGAAAAAAAACAAGGACUUAAAUGAGGCGGUGGCUAUCAGCAGGAAAGAAUCGGAUACAGCCAGCCAGUUAAGGAAAACUACAGCACCGAAUCGUGCAGAGCCUGCACAAUGUCCAACAGGGACAACAACAGCUCAGGCAACAGCAAGCAGCACAGCAGAAAAAAUCCAUUCUGAGGAAUCUGCACUCACAUUGAGCAACCCGAUUAGUUUUGAACAAAUGAUGGGAGUCUUUGAGGCGCCGAACAUUCAGAAACACAAUAUCAAAUAUUUGAUCUACGGUAGCCAAGGCCUAAGGAGGACGAUUUGGCGCAUACUCUUCCAGCUUAGCCAAGAAGAGUUCCGCACCUACACAAGCUUCUACAACGGCGAGGCUCUCUAUGAUAACGAGAGCUUUCUACAGCAAUGUCAUCAUCUGGUUGUGGACCAAGGCCAUUGGCCACUCAAUUUGUACGUAAAGCUGACCAUGUUGCGCUACCUGUUGCACAUCAAGGGAGUGGAACUGCAGUCGCUCGAGCUGAGUCAGUUGUCGCCGAUGAUCUUGCACUGGCGAGAUCUAAUGCUGCACACCGAUUUCGAUGGAAUAGUAACGCAAAAUUACACGGAUCGUACCGGCAGGAAGAUCGAUGAUAAUGAAUUUCUGUCCCACGAACGUGAGGAGCUGUAUGCUCGCUGCUGGACGCACGAUCAAUGGAUACACCAAGUGCCGCAGAUCACGAAUCCAGCAAUAAAUGAGGCAGUCAUUGCUGAUGCUCCUGCUCUUGCAGAAGUAAAAUUAAAACCCCUCUGUGGUGUUCAGAGCCAGGACACGGACAUAACUAUUGAAUCAGUCAGUAUCACAUCCUCACCAUCUGUUACCGUUGUGACCAUUUGCCCGCCCACCGAACCCAACGCUCAAUCUACCAGCUUUGUGGACAUGGACGAAGUGGAUCCGGCCUCCCAGAUCCCAAACACACAGAACGAUCCGCUUAUGGAGAGCAUGCGGGUUCAGGUCAAGCAGGAGCCAAUCACGUUUCUCGACAAGAUGCGCGGCAGCUGCCUCAACAGCGAGGAUUUCCUGUGGGAAAGCAUUAAUACGGAAGAUCAAAUUAUUAAAUUGGACGACAGUCAGAAGUCGCUUUCGAACCUGGCCUGCUUUGCCAUUCACACAGUUCCGACAGCAGUUCCGCCAUUGAACGCAGUUACAACUCCACAGUUUCCAGAAAGUGAUGAAGAGAUCGCGGAGACACCGCCUGUUCCACCAGUUGUGGAAGUUAAACAAGAGGAAGAACUAGACACUCUGCCUGCAGCUAUCCAUACAGAAUUGGAUGCGGCGGCGCUGCCUCUACAUGAGCCCACAAAACGCAAAAAUAUAAUGCCAGUCGCAAACCCAGGUUGCAUCAAGAAGCCGCGUCUGAUAAAGGAGACGGUGCCACAGCUGCGACACGAAUUCCGGGCCCUACCACUACACGCCGUGGUACGCAUCGAAUUGCCCGACUUUGAUUUCGGCUCAGAGAAUGAGCAGCCAACGACAUCCUCGGCACAAGUUACUGAACAGCCAAGCACAUCCUCGGCACAAGUUGCUGAACAGCCAAGCACAUCCUCGGCACAAGUUACUGAACAGCCAAGCACAUCCUCGGCACAAGUUGCUGAACAGCCAAGCACAUCCUCGGCACAAGUUACUGAACAGCCAAGCACAUCCUCGGCACAAGUUGCUGAACAGCCAAGCACAUCCUCGGCACAAGUUGCUGAACAGCCAAGCACAUCCUCGGCACAAGUUGCUGACCAUGCCACGGAGAUAACAGUAACCCCUUCGCAGGAUUUUGCCUCGGGAAAUUCUCUUCUAGCAUCCUCCCAGCUCGACGCCCUGUUGGAUGCUCCGAAUGUGACGCAUCGCAAGGUAAAUACUGACAAUGUAGCAGGUAGAGAUACGGAUAAUAUUAUCGACAAGGGGCCCCCGCCCGUGCUGCAGUGCUGCAUUAUAUUUCGCUGCGUGGAGCGGUAUCGAUGCUUUACGGCACUGAAAAAAGAAGAAAUAAUGAAGUACAUGAUCGAGGGGCAUAUCGAGGGCAGUUUGUAUCAAGAUGCUUUAAUUAAAAUCAACGGAAAGUUGUGCAACUUGCGGGGCCCGCUGAUCGAAACGAUCUUUCCACACAUGUCCGCCCGACUGCGCUGUGAUUUUCUGAAAAUCCUCCGUGACCUGGGCUCAUAUGUCUACAAUAGCCGCAGGAACACGUACAAGGAUUGCACGGAGGACAUUCGGGUUCGGGUUUUGUCCAUUUUUAUUGAUGUGGCCCCCAAGUUUGUAUACUUCUGCGCGCAAUUCGAGAAUGCGACCCGCGAGUGGGCCACCUGCCGCACAAUGGAUCGAUGGGACCCGAACAACGUUCGACGAUCGCCCAAGUGCGAUGUAGCGGCGGCGAUCAAGCCGGGCAUACUCCAGCGCAUGAAACAAAUAAAGAAGCAGAUUUGUUGAUUUUUGUUUGUGCUUUGUUCUUAAUAAAAAUUGUUCUGCAUUUACUUUAAGCCUAAAAAAUUGUGUUUGUAUCU